GAUGACAGCAAUGGCGCCCUGUCUGUCUACUACUCCCGUCUCUGAUCAGUCUGGUCAACUCUAGUGAGAGCUUUCUCGCUUCUACGGAAUUUCAAGGAGAAAUGGCUUGUUCCGUUGUACGGUCGCCCGUUCUUCGUAGUCCUACGGUGAGGCAUUACGCAGCGGCCGCAGCUGCUCAAUGUUCCAACGUUGCGACAGCAGAACUCGAGGUAUUAUCUGGCAAUAAGGUGACGGUCGCUGCGCUCGACAACCAUAGUCCCGUUGCUCGAGUAUCAAUCGUCUUCAGAGCUGGCUCACGCAACGAGACGUACGAUACGCAGGGCGCGACGCAUCAUAUUCGAAUCGCUGCUGGUCUGAGCACAUGUGGAUCAACUUGCUUCGGAAUAACUAGGAAUAUCCAACAACUUGGUGGAAACUUAACCGCCACCACUGAUCGCGAGAGCAUCGCGUACACGUUACAAAUUACGAGGAAUAAUCUAGGCAAAGCUUUGACUUUCCUAGAGGAUGUCGCGACACAGCAAGUGUUCAAACCAUGGGAGAUAUCCGAUCAGCUACCCAGAUUGCGCUACGAAUUGUCCAUGGUACCCGAGACAACACGUGUUAUGGAAUUGUUGCACAAAGCGGCUUAUCGCACUGGACUAGGCUACUCUCUGUACUCGCCCAAGAGGCAGCUUGGAAAAAUCAGCACGGAGACUCUACAACAUUUCGUCAAUACCUGGUUCAACGGCUCGGGGUGCGCGGUCGUAGCAACGGGCGUCCCGAUAUCUGACGCUACACAAUUUGCCUCGACUCUUAAAGUAGGCUCGGCAGACAAUACCGUGGAAGCUGCCAAGUAUCACGGAGGAGAGCUACGCAAGGAACGUUCCUCGGAAUUGACCACUGUGGCGGUAGCUGUUGAAGCAGCAGGGCUUAACAAGGAGAAGGACGUUCUCGCUUAUGCGGUGCUGCAGAGAGCGGUCGGUUCUGGUCCCCGUGUAAAAUGGGGCUCCAGCGUGUCUCCGCUGCACAAGGCGGUCUCUGGAACGACGAGCGCCGACCAAUUUGCCCUUUCGGCAUUUAAUGCUUCUUACAGCGAUUCUGGUCUCUUUGGCUUUAUUUUGUCCUCGGUACCCAGUGCCGCCGGCUCCGUAACAAAAGCCGCUACUGCGUACUUGAGGUCACCCAAGCUCUCCGAUGCAGAUAUCGCGCGCGGUAAAGCUACGUUGAAAGCUGAAAUAUUAUAUGCCGCGGAUAACGACGCCGCGUUUUUAGAAAACCUGGGACAGCAAGCAAUUUUCAAAGGACGCAUGUACACACCGUCUAAUCUCGUUGCGGAAGUAGACAAAAUAACUGCAUCUGAAGUCAAAUCGGUUGCCGGAAAACUUGCUGGCGGAAAAUUGUCCAUGUCUGCGAUCGGCAAUCUAUGCACCGUUCCAUAUGUCGACGAAUUGAAGUAGACUGCAAUGAGAGUACAGCAGCACCGUUUACCGUUUACCGUUUACUAUUUACCGUGAGAGCAUUUCAGUUAUGUUGGCUAGUUGAGAGAUGUACACGAGUAUGUAGAACUUGCGAUAUCAAUAAUAAAAGGGAAUAUCGCUGCUA